CGACAUGACUGACAAAAUUUACUGCUGCAGCAUAGUUUAGUCAAAAAACGUGGGAACGCUACCUUAUAAAUCUGUUGAGAGCCCUGUCAUGACCGUUUGAGAGAAAUUUGAAAAUUUCGGACUGCGUUUUAACAAUUCGCUAUCAUAACCAGGGCAUAUAGUUACGUGCGCAAGGAUAACUUGGUUUACUCACAAGAGCAGUUAUGGUUGAUAAACUCCAUUUUAUUGUUUUUUUUCUAUUUUUAUUCCUGGCUCUUUCGAAUGAGAAGGCAACAAAGAAGCAAAAAAAUAAAGUUGAUUCUUUGAGCGCAAUUUUACCUCAUUUAAUGGAAAACGAAAGAUCGCGGAUCAUAAAUUUAACCAAUAGACAUUCAGCUGGGCGCUAUAUGAUGAAUUUGUACCAGAAUAUCGACGUUAACAAUGAUAAUUUGCAAGGUUUUAACGUCUCCAACGUUACAACAACCAAACAAGUUGAAAAUGCAGAUACUAUAAUGGGAAUACUCAAUGAUGAUAGUGACGCAAAACCAGUCAAUUCUAAAAUGAGAAUUAAGUUCAACUUCACAGCAAAAAUUCGCAGAGAUGAAAGCGCAGUAGAGGUGGCCGAACUACAUGUAUACAAAGACCAGCAUAAACGCCCUUGGAUGGCCAACGUAACAUUUCUGGUUGAGUUGUCUGUUAUCACAAGAUCUGGAAACGCAGUCAAACUGAGCAGCAAUCCAGCUAAUUACAGCAUCCAAGGUUGGGAAACACGUUGGAUAGUUUUUGAUGUCACAGACACCGUGGACAAGUGGAUCGUUUCUCCGGGCAACAAUUUCGGAUUGGAACUGUUGGUAACAAUGCAACGUGAAAAGCUUCCCGUACCUCUAAAUCCAGCAGAAAUUGGUUUUAUCGACUUUAAAGGUCCACUUGAAAAGAGACCAUUCAUCGCCAGCUUCUUCAAAGGUGAUCCAACUGACAGAAAAGUGAUAAUACACGCUACAAGUAGAAAACGACGGUCUGUAUUUAGUCAGGCAAAUUUGAAAUAUGGCAACCGAAACAUUCGCAGCCAAUGCAAGAAAAGAUUUCUUUACGUUGAUUUUAGUGACCUGCGUUGGCAGAACUGGAUCAUAGCUCCAGCAGGAUAUGAGACGUCUUACUGCGCAGGAGCAUGUACGUAUGGUUCGUACGACGAAGUUAAUGCCACCAAUCAUGCAAUAAUUCAGUCAGUCGUUAAUAUAUUCAACGCAGACUCUGCCCCAGCUCCUUGCUGUGCUCCUACACAGUUGAAAGCAAUUUCAGUUCUUUACAUCGACGACAAGGAAAACAUUGUACUGAAAAAGUAUCAAAACAUGGCGGUCAAAUCAUGCGGCUGUCACUAAGAAAUAUUUACGGUUACAUUAAGAUUACAAAAUAUGAAUGAAUUGAUGCAGAGAUGCUUUAGUUCUCGUGGUUUGACAAAAGUUAUAAAGAAAAGAGUGUAUUACAAAAAUUUUCUUAUGCAGUUUUAUGAAACAUUUAUUAAUAGAAUUUGGUAGUCGAGUUAUAUAAAGAAGUAAAAACAAGCAAUGUAUACAUCUAUAUAUGCAUAUAGUUAUAUUUCUCUUUGAAUACUAAUAUUCCCAUUGUUCACAUGUUGA